AUGCGCAACUACCGACACGCUAGCUGUCUCACGAUUUGCCAAGCUGAGGCUACAAGGAGAAAGAAGAGAGUUCCGAUUUUCCUCUCAUUCUUUCUUUCUUUCUUUCUUUCUUUCUUUCCUUCUUUCUUUCUUUCUUUCUUCAUUUCUUCCUUGAUUGAUUCCGUUCUUUCUUUCUUUCUUUCUUUCUUUCUUUCUUUCUUUCUUUCUCCUCUCUCUUUCUUUAUUUCUCAUUUUCUUUCUUUAUUGAUUGAUUUCGUUCUCUUAUUCUUUCAUUCUUUCUUUCUCUCGUUUUCUCUUUCUUUCUUUCUUUCUUUCUUUCUUUCUUAUAUACGUUCUUUCAUUUUUUCUUCAUUUCUUUUUCUCUUUCCUUUCUUUCUUUCUUUCUUUCUUUCUUUCUUUCUGUGUCUCUUUCGCUUUUUUCUUUUUGUUUUUCUUCCUUUAUUUCAUUCUUUCUUGCUUCCCCUCGUUCUUUCUUUCUCUCUCACUCACUUUCUCUCCCUUUCUUUCUUCCUUUUUUCUUUCUUUGAUUAUUUCCUUUCUUUCUUUCCUUCUUUCUUUCUUUCUCUCUCUCUCUCUAUUUCGCUUUUUCCUUUUUGUUUUCUUUCUUUUAUUUCGUUCUUUCUUGCUCUCUCUUUCUCUCUCCCCUCUCUCUCUUUCUUUCAUCAUGGCCUGAGGGAGAAACUCCAAACUCUUUCUUUCUCCCUUCCUUUUCUUUUCUUUCUUUCUUCCUUUCUUUUCUUUCUUUCUUUCUUUCAUUCAUUCACUCUUUCUUUGGUUCUUUCUUUCUUCCUUUUCAUUCUUUUCUUUUUUUCUUUCUUUCUUUCUUUUCCCUACCGUAUAUUCUGUUUUCGGCAUUUACUUACUUCGAUAUGUUCAUAUCUAUCUAUCUAUCUAUCUAUCUAUCUAUCUAUCUAUCUACUAGUUUUAAAGCUCGGCUUUGCCCAGGAGUUAACUUUCUCUGAUUUUUCUAUCUAUCUAUCUAUCUAUCUAUCUAUCUAUCUAUCUAUUAGCAUUUUUCUUUCUAUCUAUCUAUCUAUCUAUCUAUUAGGAUUUUUCUUUCUAUCUAUCUAUCUAUCUAUCUAUCUAUUAGGAUUUUUCUUUCUAUCUAUCAAUCUAUCUAUCUAUCUAUCUAUUAGGAUUUUUCUUUCUAUCUAUCUAUCUAUCAAUCUAUCUAUCUAUCUAUUAGGAUUUUUCUUUCUAUCUAUCUAUCUAUCUAUCUAUCUCUUAGGAUUUUUUUUCUAUCUAUCUGUCUAUCUAUCUAUCGAUCUAUCUAUGCUUUUUCUUUCUAUCUAUCUAACUAUCUAUCUAGGCUUUUUCUUUUUAUCUAUCUAUCUAUCUAUCUAUCAGGCUUUCUCUCUCUCACUUUCUCUCUCUCUCUCUCUCUAUCACAUCCUGUUCAUCUAUCUAUCUAAGGCUUUCUCUCUCUUUCUCUCUCUCUCUCUCUCUCUAUCUAUCUAUCUAUCUAUCUAUCUUUUCUAUCUCUUAGCCUAUUCAUAUCUAUCUAUCUAUCUAUCUAUCUAUCUGACUCUGUUCAUAUCUAUUUAUCUCAGUCUAUUCAUAUGUAUCUAUCACAGUCUGUUCAUAUCUAUCUAUCUAUCUAUCUAUUUAUCUAUCUAUGUAUCUAUCUAUUUCAGUCUAUUCAUAUAUCUAUCUAUCUAUCUCAGUGUGUUCAUAUCUAUCUAUCUAUCUAUCUAUCUAUCUAUCUAUCUAUCUAUCUGUCUGUCUGUUCACAUCUAUCUAUCUAUCUCAGUUUGUUCAUAUCUAUCUAUCUAUCUAUCUAUCUAUCUAUCUAUCUAUCUAUCUAUCUCAGUCUGUUCCUAUCUAUCGAUCUAUCUAUUUCAGUCUGUUCCUAUCUAUCUAUCUAUCUUAGUCUGUUCAUAUCUAUCUAUCUAUCUAUCUAUCUAUCUAUCUAUCUAUCUAUCUAUCUAUCUCAGUCUGUUCAUAUCUAUCUAUCUAUCUAUCUAUCUAUCUAUCUCUGUUCAUUUCUAUCUAUCUACCUCAGUCUAUUCAUAUGUAUCUAUUUCAGUCUGUUCCUAUCUAUCCCUCUAUCUAUCUAUCUAUCUAUCUAUCUAUCUAUCUCAGUCUGUUCAUAUCUAUCUAUCUAUUUAUCUCUCUCUGUUUCUACUUCUUUCUUCCUAUCUAUCUACCUCAGUCUGUUGGUAUCUAUGUCUAUAG